CAUCUUGUCAAGCGGGUGGAAAACAAUUAUAAGACUGAGCCCAAAUUAAGCCCAUAAUCUUGUCUAGUCUUCCCAGCCGACAUAGCCCCUUUUCCAUAAAAAUCCUCCCAAAACCCGCGAUUAAACUCGUCUUCAACCUUCGGACGGUGCUUUGUGCUUUCGACUGCGCAGGUUCUGUAUUGUUGCUGGUCCCGAAGUCUCAAGAAGCCGGACAAAACAAUGACAAAUCAAGGAGUAGUGAUUGCUCAAAUACCGACAGGCUUUGGACACGAGCUCAGGGCAUGCCUUAGAUGCCGUCUUGUGAAAACCUAUGAUCAGUUUAGGGCAUCGGGAUGUGAGAACUGCCCUUUCUUUCAGAUGGAGGACGAUCAUGAUAGAGUCGUGGACUGCACGACGACAAAUAUUUCUGGGGUAAUUUCGGUUAUGAAUCCAGCUAGAAGCUGGGCUUCUAAGUGGCUCCGUACUGAGGCGAAAAUAUGUUCUAAUCUUGCUAGCGACUCGAUAAAAGUUUCGAUGCUGAAUUUGAUAUGCCUCCAGACGAAUAGUAGAACAAAUGCAGGGAAGUUUGUUCCUGGUUGUUAUACACUCGGUGUCUCUGAAGUACUCCCUCAAGACUUGCAGAAUAUUUGUGAAGAAGAAGGCGUCCUUUAUGCUCCACCAAAAUGUGUUUGAGUGGCUUAUGUGAUGGGGCUCGAUGGCUGACUAAUCUUACCCUUGAUAUGCUUAAGCCAUGCAGAGCGAUUGCUAUCUUAUGCUGCCAUUUUCUGUUUUCAUUGUGGCAAAGGUUAUGAUAAAAUAAACUAAUAUCUGCUGAACAAAAUUUUGGGUUUUCCCCAUCUUGUUUAGAAUUUAUUGUAGAUGUGAAAGAGGGAUCCAUGUUAAGAGCACCUGAAACUACUUUAUAUCCUUCAUUUCUUGUUCUUAUGGUUUUAGACAGCCAGAACUGUGUUAAAAGUACAUAAUGUUGUUUAAGAUUCUUACAAAUUUUAUCAAGUUCCAAUUAAACAUGUUAGAGCUUUGUCUCAUUGUUUGAAACAUCAUCGAGCUUUGCUAAUUGUUAUGUUUAGGUUUGUUUGAUUCUUAACUUGUCAUUUUAAGGCUAGCUGAGAGCUUUGUGGACUGCUUGUUUGUCUUUGAUCCAGGUGUGUGUUUCUAGCUUUGUGUUAGCUAAGUUGGCUCUUGAUGGACUAUAGGUGCUCUUGUACUUUGGGGGUGGUUUGUAUCUAGUUGGAUUCUCGCGUGUAAAAUGUUUAUUUGCGCUUUCCAAUAUUAUUUGUUAUC